AUGACGCUUAUCAUCCAAGUCUUGACUACGAUCGCGUUGGCGGUAGGUGGCGCUGCUGCUUUGCCAGAGGGCGUUCGACCGGGGAAGACUUUUGGUGGACCUCACGGCGACGAAUACUCGGACUUGGAGCUCGUUUCGCCUGGCCAAGUUGUAAAUUCCGUCACGAUCCGCGGCUCUGACCGCGUGGACGCCGUAGGUCUCGACGUGACGGACCCGGAUGGUCAACAACUUCUUCUAUACCACGGCGGCGACGGCGGUGAAUCGAAGACUCUCAUCCUAUCCAAAGACGAACACAUCGUCGGGGUUUUCGCGCAGUGGGUAAAGUAUUACCGCAAAACGCGCCUCAUGUACCUCAAGUUCACCACCGAUAAAAACAAUACCAUCUCUGGUGGGUAUUAUGACAAGGAAACGGACAAACAAGACAGCGACAACGCGCCAAAAGGUUUCCAGUUGGGCGGCUUCGAGGGCUACUGCGGUAACGAACUUGACUCGAUGAGAUCCCUUUGGACCAGCAUUGAGCCUGACCAGCAAGAUUGA